AUGGCCGCUCAAUUGCCCAAGACCAUGAAGGCUCUCAGAUAUGAGAAGCCCGAGGACUGGAGCAUCGUCGAGGUGCCCCUGCCCAAGAUCCGAGCUGGUGAUGUUCUGAUCAAGGUCAAGGCUUGUGGUGUUUGCGGUACCGAUUUGCACAUUCACGAGGGAGAGUUCAUCGCCAAGUUCCCCCUGAUUCCCGGACACGAGACCAUCGGUGUUGUUGUCGACAUGGCCCCUGAUGUCAAGGGCUUCAAGGUCGGUGACCGCGUCGCCGCUGACAACUCAGAGCUUUGUGGUCACUGCUUCUACUGCCGAAGAGGCGAGGCCCUCCUCUGCGAGGACUUCUCCGCCCACGGUGUCCUGAACUUGGACGGCGGUUUCGCUGAAUACUGCAACUACCCCCAGGGCAAGCUCUUCAAGAUCAACAACAUCAGCGAUGUCGACGCCACUCUCAUUGAGCCCGCUUCUUGCGCCAUGCACGGUCUGGAGAAGAUCGCCCCCAAGGCCGGAUCUCACGCUCUCCUCAUCGGUGCUGGUCCUACCGGUCUUAUGAUGGCUCAGUUCUUGAAGAACUCUGGUGUCUCCCAAUUGACCAUUGCCGCCCCCGAGGGUCCCAAGAUUGAGCUCGCCAAGAGCCUCGAUGCCGCCGAUACCUACAUCCCUCUCUCCCGCAAGGAUGCCACCCCUCAGUGGGAGCAGCUCAAGAAGGACAACCCAUACGGCUUCGAUAUCGUCGUUGAGGCUUCCGGAAGCUCCAAGGUCCUGGAGGACGCCAUCAACUACGUCCGCCGUGGAGGCAAGCUCGUCUGCUACGGUGUCUACCCCAACUCUGCCCGCGUCUCGUGGCCUCCUGCCAAGAUCUUUGGUGAUGAAAUCACCAUCAUUGGUUCCUUCUCCGAGACCUUCAUGUUCCCCGCCACCGUUGACUACCUUGACAGCGGCAAGGUGAAGACCAAGGGUAUCGUGAACAAGACCUUCAAGCUCGAGCAGUGGGGUGAGGCUCUGGAGAGCAUCCGCAACAAGUCCGCCAUCAAGGCCGCCAUUGUCUUUGACUAA